AUUUUAUGAAUUCAGAGAUAGCGGAUAGUUUUUCUUUAUUAUUAGCAUACAUAACUCUAAUUAGUGUAGGGUAUUCAUGGAAGAGAUAUUUGAAAAAACUUGAAAAAUAAAAAGAAACAUCAAAUUAAAAUGAACCCAUCAAGACUGUUGUUUAAGAAGAUCAAUAAGUAGAUAAGUUAGACAGUAAUAAUUCUCAAACCAUUCAAAAAAAGCCAGACAAAAUUGGUUUACUUGAGUUUUAUUUGUAUAGUAACAAAUAAUUCAAAUAGAAUAAACAAAGUUUUUAUAAAUACUUAAAUUAUAGGUUGUGAUAUACUUAAGAUUGGACAAUAUAUUUUAUAUAUUUCUAAUAAUCUAAUGAUUAUAUCUAUCAUGAAUGCUUAUUAUGGAAUUGAUGAUUUUAAUAAAUCUUGUUGGGUACUGGGUUUAGUAAUUGUUCCAUUAUUUAAUUUAAUAUAGUUAUUUAUCUUUUUCAUUGCAUAUUUAUUAGCUUAAAGAAUACUCAAGAAAACAUAGAUUGAGAAUAUUGAUAUAAUUUUUAUACUGGUUGGUUAUUUUUAUUUUAUAUUGGGAAAUUUAAUUAUAGUGUCAUCUAUUAAUGGAAAUGAUUAUUUGAUUGAUAAAGCCUUUUCAAUCUUUGGUAUAUAAUAUAUUUUUGAAAUAAUCCUCAAUAAAUUGAAUGAAAAAGUAGAUUUAGAUGUUGUAUCGAAAUUAGAUUAAGUGUUGAAAAAACUUUGA